AUGGCUACUAUUCAGGACGAUGACGAACGCCUACUUGCUCAGAUUGGAUAUACCCAAGAUCUCACUCGACAUUUCACAAAAUGGUCGACACUUUCGUAUGCCAUCUCAGUCUUAGGUGUUCUUGGGUCAGUCCCCGCCACAUUUGGUAGCCCUCUGUCUUUAGGCGGACCUGCUGCUUCAGUGUGGGCAUGGUUUGUUGGGUCUGUUAUGGCAUCUUGUAUCUCAGCAUCUGUGGCUGAACUUGUCUCGGCCUAUCCAACGGCAGGUGGCAUGUACUUCGUCACCAAGAAUGUCGUUCCACCAGAACAUGCGGCAAUCUGGUCAUGGAUCAUCGGGUGGUGUAAUCUGCUUGGCCAAACUGCAGGUGUAGCUAGCGUUGCAUAUACUGUGUCUCAGAUGAUCUUAGCCACGGCGAGUAUGAACUCUGCUUUUGACGGAACAUCAUAUUCUUACUCCCCCACUGCAUUGCAGAUCGUUCUACUAUCAAUAGCCCUGCUAAUAGUCUUCGGAAUCAUCUGCUCUCUCACCACCAAGGCACUGCACGAAAUUGUAAUAUGGUUUGCACCCAUUAACGUCCUCGCCUCAAUCGCCAUCUGCGUAUCCCUGUUGAUCCUAACGCCCAACAAACAAUCUUUCUCCUGGGUUUUUACCACUUUCACCGAUGGCUCAGGGUGGGGAACUGUUUUCUCGUUUUUCCUUUCUUUCCUCUCAGUGGCUUGGACAAUGACCGAUUACGAUGGGACAACACAUAUGUCCGAAGAGACCCAUAACGCUGCGAUUCGUGGUCCUAUGGCUAUUCGACAUGCUGUUACCAUCUCCGGCAUCAUAGGCUGGCUUCUGACGGUGACCUUUUGCUUCUGUACCACGGACCUCGACGCCAUAAUCAGCUCACCCACUGGCCUGCCCGCUGCACAGAUCUUCCUCAACGCAGGAGGGCAGGUUGGUGGCACCCUUAUGUGGUUCUUCGUCAUCCUCGUCCAAUUCUUCACUGGCUGCUCUGCCAUGCUUGCAGAUACACGCAUGGCCUAUGCUUUUUCCCGCGACAGCGCACUCCCCUUCUCAAAAUUCUUCUCGAAAGUCAACGCGACGACAAGAACCCCUGUCAACGCUGUCUGGCUCAUAGUAGCUUUCUCCUGCGCCUUGAAUUUGAUUGGUAUAGGAAGUACGUUGACUAUUGUGGCUAUUUUCAACAUCACGGCUCCGGCGCUCGAUCUCAGCUAUGCUACUGUGAUACUGGCUCGGAACAUCUACGCUUCGCGCAUAGAGUUCCGUCCUGGUCCUUACACUUUGGGGAGAUGGCAAACGCCGUUGAAUGCAGUGACCUGCACCUGGGUAUUCUUUAUCAGUGUAAUCUUGCUUUUCCCAACGAUCCGGCCUGUGACCGCUACCAAUAUGAAUUAUGCUGUGGUGGUGGCUGGCGUCAUUGCGCUUUUUAGUCUAGGAUGGUGGUGGGCUGGUGCAAGGAAGACUUAUACUGGACCGAGGACACAGGAUUUGUUGGUUGUGGUGCCAACAGAGGAGGGCAGCGGGGAUGAUUGUAUUGAGGGCGACAGCGACGACUUGAUUGUUUGA